AUGGAGCAGCAAAAUGGAAGGAAUUGGGAAAAUAGAACACGUAAGCGUGGGAAGACUGCGCCAUUAAUACCUAGCAGUAUACUAGAUCAAGCAUCACAACGAAUAUUUAUUGUCUCACUAUUUAUAUUAAUUCAGACUUUCAAAUUAUAUGAUCUAAUCCUACUAAAAACGGAGUUACCCUUGUCGAAUGAAUCAUCUACAAAUCUUACUAGUUUUUCCUUUGUUUUAAAAUACACAUUAAUCGAUGGAUUAUUUUUAUGGAUCUUGCCAAUUUUAAAUAUUCAAUAUCUUACUUUUUCACCAUCAAAAACAUUAUUAUUCACAUUAUUAUUGAACUUGAUAUCUAUUUUUUUGGUCAGUUCAUAUGCAUUACCACUAUUAACAAAUUUUUUACUACCGAUUUGGAAAUUUAUACUGCAAAAGAAAGAGCUUAAUAUUAUUGGAGAAUCAAUUUCAAAGUCAAAAGUAAUUGAUAUAGAUUCUCAUUUCAAGGGAAAAUUAACAAUUCAUUAUUUACCAGACUCAUCAGCCAAAAUGAAUCCAUUUAACUUUGAUCACGAUUGUUUGGGUUCAGCUAACAAUUUUGAUUUUGGAAUGCCAAUUGAAUUCAACACAAGUGCUGGAAUAGGUUUCCUUCAAGUUCAACAAACCACACCUCAAAAUGAUAUCUUAUUACAUAAUUACACAGGUCACACAUUAAACAAACUAUUCAAAAAAGAUUAUACUAAAUUUAACAAAUUAAAAAAUGCUAAAAAAGAUUAUGGGAAUGUUUUCUACCUAGAAUUUCCAAUCAAGGAGCCUGGGAUGUAUAAAUUAAAAAGUGUUUUGGAUAGAAAAGGUAAUAGUAUUAGGUUGUAUAAAUCAGAAUUUGAAAUAUCAAAUUGUCCACUGGCAAAAUUUUUUUAUCCACCACAUUUUGAAUUUGAUGCUAACUACAAAUGUUUAUCAACUUUUGAACAAAAAUCAUUUCCUGUACCAUGGUUGGAAGUGUAUGGACCAACUCCCCUGUUUGUGAACAUUGACGUGAAACUUGAUGGGAGAAAAUUCAAGUCAUUUAAUGUAACAAUCAAACAAGAUGUUGAUAACAGGUCCAAAUCUAGAACAACUGAUUACAAUUACCUAACUCCUGUGAAACUAUUAAGAAAUUCGUUAGAACAAUCAAUUGUAGAAAACAUAAAUGAUUCGGAAAUUAAAUCGAACUCAAUAUUGGAAUUUCAAUUAUUAUCAAUCCGUGAUUCAUUUGGAAAUGUACAUAGAUAUCAACCACUUUCAAAAGAUAAGGACGUAUGGUUUAAAUUAAAUUUGAAGAGUAGCCCGACAAUAAGCUUAAUAGACUAUAGCAAAGAGAAAAAACUAUUAGUGAACGGCACCAAGACAUUGCAAAUCACUAGGUCAGAUGAAUUUACAGAUGAAGAUUUCCCUGUUAAAGUGAUAUUAUCGCAUAACGGUAAAAACAGCACAAAAAUUUUUGAACUGAAAAAGCAAUUAAAAGAAGGUAUACAAGUAAAUGAACCAGGUUCAUAUCAAAUAAUCACAGCUGAUACGAAAUUUUGUCCGUGCAAGAUUGCAGAAACAGAGCCUAUAACUAUUGUUCAAGCUGAAAUACCACAAUUGAAAAUAGUUGCGGAACAAGAAAGUGAUAGAUGUUUAGGGGUAGUGGGUUAUAAUUUCGAUUUUAAUUUUACAGGUGAAGCCCCAUUUAAAGUCCAAUAUCAAAUUUAUUCAAAUAAAUCGGGUGUAUUGAAACCUGUGGCGACCGACACUGGUAAAAUCAAUAGAGACUUGAUAUCACAAGAUCAUUCACAUUCAUUCAAAUUUAAACCACCUAGCGAAGGGAGUUUCACUAUUGUGUUCAACAAUUUGAAAGAUGUCAAUUACUACGAAAAAGGAUUUCCCUUGAGCGAAAGAUAUCAAACAUAUUUCAGACAAGCAUCGGAAAUAUCAUUACAGUCUAAAAGUCCAACAAUUUAUACAUGUUAUGGAGAUACGGCCAAAAUAUCCAUGAAAUUUAAAGGCAAUGGUCCUUUCUCGUUCGACUAUGAGUAUGUUGAUCCACAAAAUAGAAAGAGAUUUGGAUCAGUUAUUAAAGUGAAAAAUGUGACUAGUUACCUCGUUGAAACUCCUAAAAGUUUGAUUGGUAAAAAUUAUGAAAUAGAAUUAAGUAAUGCAAAAGAUAUACUAGGUUGUGAUGCGAAAAUAGUAAAUCAAGAUCGGGCAGUUAGGGUAGUCAGUAGACCUGAUAUUCCUGAGCUCGAAUUACCAAAAGAUAAAAAACAAAUAGUUGAUGGAGCAUUUGUUGUUAUCCCAUUGAAGUACAAAUCGUCGAUUGGCUUAAGUGGUAAUGAUAUCAUUUAUUUAAAGCAUUGGAAUCUUAAUGGUGAAGACAUGAAAAUCCAAAAGGCUGACCUUCGAGGCUCUUCACUUAAAUUAUCGAAUGAAGGAAUCUAUGCUCUUGAAUCAUUUGAAAAUUUUGGGUGUAAAGGUAAAGUAAUACAUGCUGAACAUAAAGUCAUAAUUACUUAUUAUGAAAAACCAUCAUUAACAAUAUCAUCAACUGCUAUACAGCAUAGAGAUGAAUCUACAAUUCAGUUAAAACCUGUUUGUAAUGGUAAAGUUGCUGAAUUGGAUCUAACCUUAAAGGGAACUGCACCAUUUUUAGUUGAUUACGAAAUAAAAUUGCCAAACGGUCGAAUAGAGGCACAUACGAUGACCGUAGAAAAUCAUGACAUUAAGAUCAAAUUACCUACUCGAGAAAACGGUCAAUAUGAGCAUAAGUUCAAAAGAAUAUAUGAUGCAAAGUAUACAAAACAUAGCGGAACUCAAGUCAAUUUAUAUUCACCUACUGUAAUUUAUAAGGUCAAUCAACUACCAUCUGCUCAAUUUAUAUCAGGCAAGCAUUUUUCACAAAUCUGUGAGAAUAAACUAAAUGAUGAUGAUUUAAUCAUUAAACUUCCUAUCAAAUUAAUAGGUUCAUAUCCAUUUGAUGUAGAUGUCACUAUCAAAAAUGAAGAAACUGGAAAAUCAUAUUCAUUAACAUUUAACAAAAUUUAUGAACCAUUUUUACCAUUAAGUAAUAUAAAAUUUUUCACACUUGGUGAUUAUAGUAUAACUAUAGAUAAAAUUUCAGACCAUAAUGGUUGUACAAAUUAUCUUAAACUAGACUCAAUCAAAUAUAUCUUAUCUAUAACGGAACCACCAAAUAUAUUCAAAACUUUACCUCAAGAAAAACAUUAUUGUGUUGGUGAUCAUGUUUCUUACACAUUAACAGGUGUUCCCCCAAUAACUAUAUACUACGAAUACAAUAAUAUCAACAGGAAAGCAGAACUGUACAAUAUUUUUAAAAGAUUGGCGUCUAAACCAGGAAUAUUAAACAUUAAAGCUUUAAAAGAUUCAGGAGGAAAUCAAUGUUUAGUAAACUUCACAAAGAAUAUUGAAAAAUCAAAUUCAUUACAAUUACAAGUUCAUGAUUUACCAAGUGUAGAAGUUAACAAAGGUGAUUAUAUUGUUGAAGAUAUACAUCAAGGUGAUCAAACAGAAUUAGUAUUUACUUUCAUUGGAGAACCGCCGUUCAAAUUAACUUACGUAAGAACGAUUGAUGUAAAAGAAGGUCACAAAAAAGUACGUAGAGUUGUAGAAAAAGAAACGAUUAAGGAUAUUUGGGACUAUCAAUACAUUGUAUUAGCUAGUCUCGAAGGUACUUAUGAAGCCAUCGAGGUGGAAGAUAAAUUCUGCCGGGCUAUAAAAACUAUAUAG